GCUCCUCCGGCUCCGCGGCGCCCUCGCCGGGUGCGUGCCGCUUGCACGCCCGCCCGCCCGGCUCUCCGCGCCCGCCGCCCGCGCCCGGCCCCGGCGCCCCGGCCCUGCUGCCCGCGCUUCAUGGCUGCGCACGAAUGGGACUGGUUCCAGCGCGAGGAGCUCAUCGGACAGAUCAGCGACAUCCGAGUCCAGAACCUGCAAGUUGAGAGGGAGAAUGUGCAGAAGCGGACUUUUACUCGAUGGAUAAAUCUCCACCUGGAGAAGUGCAACCCACCUCUAGAAGUUAAAGAUUUAUUCGUUGAUAUACAAGAUGGCAAAAUCCUAAUGGCUUUGUUAGAAGUCCUGUCUGGGCGAAAUCUGCUGCACGAAUACAAGUCCUCAUCCCAUCGUAUUUUUCGGUUGAACAACAUAGCGAAAGCGCUUAAGUUUUUGGAAGAUAGCAAUGUGAAACUGGUCAGCAUCGACGCGGCAGAAAUAGCAGAUGGCAACCCCUCUUUGGUUCUUGGGCUGAUUUGGAACAUCAUCCUCUUCUUCCAGAUUAAAGAACUCACCGGCAACCUCAGCAGAAAUUCUCCAUCUUCCAGCCUGUCACCCGGCUCAGGGGGCACAGACUCAGACUCCUCCUUCCCACCCACGCCCACUGCAGAGAGGAGUGCGGUGAUAUCGGUGAAAGACCAGAGGAGGGCCAUCAGGACACUGUUGACAUGGGUGCAGAGGAAAACAAGGAAGUAUGGCGUGGCGGUGCAGGACUUUGCAGGCAGCUGGAGAAGCGGGCUGGCUUUCCUGGCAGUGAUCAAGGCCAUCGACCCCAGCCUGGUCGACAUGAAGCAGGCGCUAGAAGACUCCAUGCGGGAAAAUCUAGAGAAGGCUUUCAGCAUCGCUCACGACGCCCUUCACAUCCCCAGGCUCCUGGAGCCAGAAGACAUCAUGGUUGACACGCCAGAUGAGCAGUCCAUCGUGACUUACGUGGCUCAGUUUCUAGAACAUUUCCCGGAGUUGGAAGCCGAGGAUUUUGCGGAUUCCGACAAAGAAGCCCCUAUUGAAUCCACCUUCGUCCGCAUCAGAGAAACCCCUUCUGAACAAGAGAGCACCGUCUUCCUUCUGACUGAGAACGGGGAGCGUGCCUACACCGUCAACCACGAAACGAGCCACCCACCACCCUCCAAAGUCUUCGUCUGUGACAAGCCUGAGGGCGUGAAGGAGCCCUGCGUUACCAGCCGGGAGCUGGCAGACAGCUGCUCUGAGUUCACGCACGAGAUCGUUGACCAGGUUCUCCACGGGGUCCCAGGGAAGAUCAACAGCACUGGCGAGCUGGCUCCAGAGUCUUCCAUCUUAUCAUCCAGAAAGGACAGCCAGAGGUCCACCUCUCUGCCAAUCAAGAAAACUGUGCACUUUGAGGCUGACACCUACAAGGAGGCCUCCUGCAGUAGGGACCCUUUCUACAGUCCAGACCUUCGCUUCGAAGGAAGCCCAAGAGAGACCAAGGAGUUGUCCAAGCAGGACGGACAGGUCUGGGCGGCUGAGGUUGCCGAGGAAACACCGAAACAGGAGGCCCCGGAGAUCCUGGAAGCAGCCUCCAGUGAGGCCCCCAGCGACGUGUCUUCAGUGGACGGUAAGGUCAGUCAUCCUCCGACUUCCCAGACCUCUCCCUCCUGGAAUGGGGUGUCGGAGAGGGCAGCUGGCCCAGGGGAAGAGGGCCGUUCCCCGUCAUCCCUGGGAGAGGAUACCAUUGUGGCCGAUUCCAUGGAGAUCGAGGUUAAGCUGCUGACUGUAGAAGCUAUGGAUAAGGAAGACCCUUUCGAAGGUAUACCAUUAAAAGCCUCGAAAUUCAGCAGCGACCUCGUAGGUUUUCCCUCCACCAGCCAGGCUUUCCACGAGGUUCCUUCGCCUCAUGAGAAAAAGCCUGCCGAGGAGGAGGUGUCCGAGGACCGUGCUGAGAAGUUGCGUAAAAGGAGAGGUAAAUCUGCCCACAGGAAGACAGAUUUGGAUGAGGCCCCCGUGAAGCCCAACCAGCAGGAACCUCACAAGGACCCUGGACCAGAAGACCGAGGCUCUUCUUUGGAGGCACCGGUGGAUAAAAAGCCAGAAGUGUAUGAAAAGGCCAAACACAAGUCCCCCCGGCGCCGUCGGGGUGAGGAGGAAGGGGAAGCCGAGGGCCCACGGGGCCUUGGGGGAGAGUUGCCUUCCAGUCCAGCCAACAGCAGCCGCAGCUUGGAGACCCUCCGUAGCCCCAGCGACGAGGGCCUGGAUUUCGAGCCGUCUCCACCGCCCUCCAGGAUCUCCAUCAUCCCCCACGACCUUUUCUACUACCCGCAUUACGAGGUCCCCCUGGCUGCGGUUUUGGAGGCUUACGCAGAAGGCGUGGAGGAUUUGAGAAACGAAGAAGUGGACCUCGAAGAGCCAGAGGGGUAUCUGCCGGACGCGGGGGCCGGGGAGGCCGAGGCCUCCCAGAGCAGCUGCAGCUUCGCCGGGCGGGGCAAGGGCCACCCCCAGGCCAGCGUCGCGGAGGAUGCCGGACCAGCCUCGGAACCCAGCCCCCCGUCCCCGCAGGAGGACCACCAGCCAAGUGAGGACGCAGAGAGUGUCCCCGUGCAGGGCCACCAGUCCCAGGAGUUUCCAGACUCGGAAAACUUAGCAAACCCAUUAGAAGAAAAGGUAAUGGAAGAACCGAUCAGCAGUAAAAAAAAGGAAAAAAGAAAACACGUGGACCACGUAGAAAGUUCAAUAUUUAUAGCACCCGGAACUGUUCGCUCCUCAGAUGACCUGGAAGAAGACACCUGGGACCACAAAGUCCUUUCCAGGACAAGUCACAGCGACUCCAGCAUUUACGUUCGACGACAUGCUAAUAGGUCUUUGGAACCGGAUCAUUUUAGCCAUGUUCAGUUGAGGAACGCAGCAGAUCAGGAUAACAGAAGAAACCAAAUGUUAACCAGGUACAAUACUCAGAAGCUCACUGAGCUGAUGUUACAGUUUUAUGACACCAGAACAGACAUGAAGAGGGAAUGCAAACAUGCCAGGAUGUCUAUGAAAGCCAACAGCUCGGGCGAAGCCAGGACGCAAGAGACCCACAGCCCAGAGAGCGACUCGCUGAUGCAGUUCGUCCAGCAGCCAGACGUGAUGUACUUUAUCCUCUUCCUCUGGCUCCUGGUUUAUUGCCUGCUGGUCUUCCCCCAGCUGGACCUCAACGGACUCUGAUGCGUGCGUCUGCAUAAUAAAAAGACAGGAUCCUGGCCAGGGGUGGGCAGUCUCCUUACUUCCUUUUAUUGCCUGUUCUGGAUGGGGCACUUGCGCAGAUGGUGGAGGACCUCCGAGGAAACUUAGACUCCCUCUCUCCACUUUCCUUUUUCAUGUUCCCUUUCUCUCCUGUGAGUCCUAAGCACGCUUUUCUCUUUGGCUGUGGACUCAACACUCAGGUGUGUGGCCAGAUCCUUGGGUGGGUUUGUUUGUGUGCCUUGCCGACAGGUAUUAAGCUUUGUUACUAAUCCUCAUAACUGGGUCUUAGCUCGCCCCACGCGCUGGUUUUUAAGGUCCCGGAUGGACCUGAGUUUCUCGCCUCCCGAUGAGAAAUAGGAUGGAUGCCUCAGGGAGACCCCCGCUGGGAAGAAAACUGCCCUACUUUCCUCUGAGAGGGGAGUCUGAGUGAAGGUGCUGGGGGUCCGCGCACCUGUUGUGGUCUGGUGACUGGUCGUUUUCUUUGGGGGGAUAUCAGAGCAGCACAGAGCUGCCGGGUCCAGCAAAGGGCAUCCGUGAACGGCAAAGUUCGAGGAAAGUGUAGGCUAGGUCGUGAGCUGCAGUGCACGCUUGUUCACCCUCGUUUUCUUUUUUGUGGGGGGCAUGCAUUUUAAUUUUGCUUUUGCAUUGAUUGAACUGAGGUAAAGCGGUGAUUUUCAAACCUUUCCCACCUAUGGAAUCCUCCUUUCAAGUGGAUUCUCAGGGGCCAGUCUAGUUGAUACAUGAAAAGCAGAGCUUUGGCUGACACAGGGCAAGGCCUGGGAUCCCUCUCGCUUUGCCCAGGCAGCUCCCAGCUUCCACUCGUGCCUCCUGAGGCAUCUGUGCUGGUACCCAAGGCCCCGCAGGGCACUGUCAAAAAAAAAGCCCCCGAAAGCCCCGAGGAGGAAUGCAGAAGUGGCCUGGCUGAGAAUGAACUCUGACUGAUGUUAGAGCAGGAAGUGGUCCCGCACGUUCCUGCUCCCAGAGAGCUUUUGUGCACACCUGCCUCCCCGUGUGAGUCUCAGCACGGGCAUCUUUCGUGGUCACUUAUGAUGGGUUUCUUGAAAAUGAAAAGGGUUUCUGGAAAGCACCCUGAGAAGUAACCAGAACGGGCAGGUGGUGAGAGGACAGAGGCAUCCACCUGCCCUUCCGUCUUCCUUCUGCCCUGGGCUCCCUCCUCUUCCUGCUUCCUGUCAAGAUGCAGGCCAUGCGUCCCUGUGUAUUACUUCCUCCUCCCGUUGUCCUCCCCCUCAGAAAGCAUGUAUAUGGUGAGACUUAUAAAACCACAGCCUAUUAGGUCAGGAGGGGCAGUUAGACGGCAUCUCCUCUGCUGAACCCAGAGAGGCAGAGCUGGUUGGCCAAGAUCACACAGCCAACCAGGAAUGGAGGCCACCUGAUGCCCCAUCCAGAGCUGUCCCCUCUUUUAGGGAAAUUCCACUGGGCCCAUGAAUGUCCUGAAAAAAAAAAAUAAUAAAAUGAAUAGAUAAGAAUGUCCUCAUUUAAACAAAACCAAAAUUUUUAGGUCAACCACCCACCUUUGUUUUUUCUUGUGUUUUUCCCAUGAGGAAGUUUUGUUCGCUUUCAGGCUCAUUGCCUGUUCCUUCUAGAAUACCCUCGACAGCUCUAACAGCUUGUCAGCUGACACACCAGCUUUGCUGUUACUCCAGGAAUCACGCUUCUCUCUCGGCAAGGCAGGGAUUUGCUUAUUUCAAGCAGGGGGUCUCAAGUUUACAGAAUUCCAGCCUGGCCAAAAGAAUUGACGUAGCGCAUUUGAGUCGAUGACAGCCAAAGCCUGGCCUCUAACCCACUCUGGCUAUAAGCUGCUUUCUCUCCACGAACGAAUCUAAGCCUUCCCAGCUGAAAGCUGUUGGGAGUUUGGAGCGAUUCCAUCUCGAAGGCCUCAUGUCCCAUGGAAAAUGAGCUAAUUAGUGAGCUCCCUGGCAUCGCGGCAAGCUGAAAGGUACAGAUAAUAAAGAUUAUGUGUGUGAUAACUUUAUAACCCUGGACACCAGGCAGUCCUCACCUAAAUUAGAUGCUUGGAAAGCCAGGGAAGAGCUGACCCGAACGUUAAUCAUUUCACUUUACGGGUCUAGACCUUGUUCAGAAAAGUCUCUGCAGGUUUCUCCUCUCACCCAUUACAAAGUGUGAUGUUUAAAACCACCUACUGGCAAGAUGCCUGAAAGUCAUUUGGUUCAGGGUGGCAGCAAACUGAUUUUUUUUUAAAAGAAAAAAAAUCUCCGUGGAUUACAGGCGUGUGUCAAAGAAGUCAGAUACAGAAGGUGGGUGAGAAGCCUGAAGGACAGACCACUCCAUGGCUUCCAUUUAAGAAUUUAUUUUUAAUUCUUAUCCAAGUAAUACAUGUUCAUAGUUUAAAAAGAAACAAAUACUAUAAGACUUUUAAUGAAAACUAGCAAUCUGCUAUGGGUUGCUCUCUAGAUGUAACACUUUCACCUCUUUUAGCUGUUUCUUCUAAUAUUUACCUUUGCAUUUCUACAUAACAUGCUUAUACUUCUUUUAUUUUUAAAAUUAAUCUAGAAACAUCGACUGGCUUGCUACCGUGGUAGAGAAGGAUCUUGCUCUUGCCCAUACCGUGCUUUGUUUUUCCAGUAUAGUUAGAGGUGUUGUUUGGACAUCUCUCUUCAUUGUGGGCAUAUGAGGACUGUUUACCUGUGAGCCAAGUAGUGUACUAUGGUUACACGUCCUUUCUCGUCAAAUUUCUUCUCCCUCCUUGAUGAUGAUGAUGAUUUUGGUGUGGCGCAUUCCUUAGUAACCUUCUUAGAAAAGAACAUGGGAAGUAAAUAUUAUUGUAAAUAUUUUGAGAUUUUGCAUAACUUAAAAUAUCCUUAUUCUGCCCUUACCCAGGUGUAGCUGGAUAUAGAAUUGUGGGUGGGAAAUAAUACCACCCAUCGUGGUUGUUGAGAUUCCUGAUGCCAUUCUGAUUCCCAGGCCUUUAGCUGCGACUUGGGUUUCUCCACCCUCCCAGGAAACAUUUACGAUCCCUUCAUUCUUAGUGUUCUGAACUGUCCUGAUGGUGUUGUACCCUUGAUGGUGUACCUCGUACUGGGUUCUCAUGAGAAACUUCUUAAAUUUUCUUGUGAUUGUUCACGUUCUUUCUUUCUGUACCACCUGUUGUUCCAAUGUUGGACUUCCCAGGCUAGACCUCUAAUAUUUUUUUAUCUUUUCUAUUUCUCAUCUCUUAAUUUAUUUUUUUUGAUCUGCUUUCAAAGGUAGUUGUUUAGCUUUAUCUUCUCAAUAUACCUGAUGAAUGUUUUAUUAAUUUCCAAAACGUUUUAUAGUGUCCUGUUCUUGUUUCAUGGGUGCAGAACUUAUUUCUCUGUGGAUGUUCAUGAUAAUGGGGUUUGGGGGAAGUUCUUUUCUGCUCUCUGUUUUGCCUUUAUUUCCUCUAAGUUCCCUUUCUCUUAGUCGCACUCUCUUUCUUUCACAUUACAAAUUUUCUUCGGAUAUCUAGUGAUCCUAUCGGAUAUCUAGUGGAUCCUUCGGAUAUCUAGUGGAUCGGUUCGUGUGUAGGAAUGAUACAGCACAAAGUGGACAGGAAGUUCUGCGUGUCAACUGGUGGAUUCCUCUGUAGGGUCACCAGGUGGGCACCUGGACUCUUCAUGGGAGGACCACACACAUCAGUAUUUGCAGGUCUUUUCUCACUGUGUUUCUUUAGAGAUAUUUCCACUUCUCUCCUGCCUGAGAUAAAGGGACCUACGCAGAGCUGCUACUUAGCCUAUGCAGGGCCCUCAUGCAGUUUCAAAAAGGGCAUUCCCUCUGAGUGGAUGGAUGACUCAGAAAUAGGUGCCCCUCUGAGCAGAAGCCACCCGUGGGCACUUGGCCAAACUGGCAGAAGCCAUCUUUUGCCUCUUUCUCCAGGGAAAGGCCCGAGGAGCAGAGUAAGGGCUAGAUUUUAACUCGCAAUUGCCCCCUUAGCCAGGCACCUUUGUGCCGUGCACGAACUGGAGGGCCGUACCCAGAGAUGCCGGCACACACCUGAGCGCCCGCACCCUGCCCCUGAGCAGGCAUCUCAUCACAGUCAGUGUGUACACUCAACGAAUCGCUCCCGCCUCGCUGCGCCUGGUGUCCCUGGGUUAGAGCCCCUCCGCUUCCCCCCGAGGAGUAGGCUGCUGGCGCCGCUGGGUGCUGGUGCCUCCCCUCUGCACAGGCAGUGCGUGGUGUUGGGAUUCCUCGGCCCUGCUCCCGUCUCCCUCAGUUCUGCCCCUGCCAUACAUGGGUCGGCAUCUCGCGCCUGCUGUCAUCUCCUCUUCAGCCCUUUGUCUUUAUGAUUCCAUCCCUUCCAUUCCUUUGUUCUUAUUUCCCUGGGGUUUCACCAGGGAAGACACCCUCUUGAAUCGCAGGUCCCACGUUUGCGCUCUCCCUGCUUGUUAGGUGGCUCGCUGCUCUGUGGGCGCGCUUGUGAACGUGCCCUGAGUCCUGCUGAGGCAUGGUCUGCGAGUGCCUUCAUGUAACGCUGGGCCAAGUGAGGAGAGGCGAGAGGGCACGUGGAGCUCCCCUGGAUGCCCCAGCACAGAUAGGACUCUCCUUCCUUCCCUCCUUUCCACCUCCUACCCCGACGGAACUGUCUUAGAGCUCCGUUCCCCGCCAGACUCCCGCUUCUCGGAGUCACGCACUUUCUAGGUUUUCUUUGCCACCGUCCCUUCACUGGGAAACAGUCCGCACUGGUGUCGGCCAGCGAGCAAACUGGCUGCUCCCUCUGUUGGAUGGCUGUUUGGAACUUUGUGAGCAAUUCCUCCUUGUCAAGCCCGGCCUCUGUAGGGCGUGGGGCUCCCACCAGGACUGGGAACCAGGGAGUGCCCCCUAGAAGCCACCCUGGGCACAGGCUGCUUCUCCCUUUCUGGGGUUCAGCUCUCUCUUCCCGUCCCCAUGCAGUGCAAGCCUGCUCUUUGUGAGGGUCGAACUCGUAGAAGGCAGAAGGUUUGGAGGCUGCCUGCCUGUGUAGUCGAUCUUCAUAAAUUAUAGGUCAUUUCAUAGCCUUAGGGAUCACAUAAGGGUCUAGUGCCUCAUUUAAGAAAUGAGAAAACUGGCGAUCAGGAAGGAGAGAUGACUAGUCACACUGCUAGUUAGUGCCCUCGGGAGGGACGUCCGGAUGCCAAGUUCUCUACAGAACUCCAGCCUCCAGCCGCUGCAGCUCAACUGCACCUCCCUCGUCACCAAGGACUCAGGACAUCACAGAGCUGAUCUCUCAAACACAAGCCCGAGUAAACAAGGAAAGAAGGUAUCUCUGAAUCUCAGAAUUCAUGGUGGCUUCUUUGUUAAGAAUUGUUCUCUUUCCGCGGUCGUGUCAUUGGCGAGCACUCCUGUGACACACUCUUUCAUGCAAGCUCGGAUUUUCUUAACUCUCCAGUAGGCCCACUGCUGUUUGGAGCCACGACCUCUCUUUCCCUUUGGCUUGGAGACCUUCCCAGCCAUUUCUGUUCACGUCCUCAAGUCCCCGAGGUGGUCUAUGUGGGAGUUUCAGAUCAACGUGGUUCCUCAGAACCUUCCCAGUGAUAUUCUGGCCGGGAAACAAGAGCCCACGAAACCCUCCGGGUCCGCAUGUGUUAUUUCUCUUGCCCUGACAUUGCAUCAUCUCUGCUGAGACCGCCUUUGGGGAGAGGCUGAACGUCUUGGGGCUGCAGCUGCUGGCUGGAGUCCCCACUGAAUAGCAGGCUCUUCCUCCGGCCCGUCCAGCUGCUCUCGGGAUGAAGGCCUUGGCCUGGGCUGAGCAGCUGAAGCCUGAGAGCUGGCGUGAGUGAUAACUCGCUUAUUUGCUGGAAAUAGCUGCGGAGUUUGCCUGAACGGUUAGCCGGUGUCAGGGAGCCAAGAAAUGAGACGUGGGUUCUUUGCUGGAUGAUCUUCUCGGCUCUGCCUCUUGUCAGGCACCUUGUUGACGAGCAAUAGUCAUGCAGGGAAGUGAGCCCAAUACCCGUGAAGCGUGGACCCUGCAUGCAUUGCGCCCAGAAUCUUCCAUUCCCAUCUCACCCAGACCCCGUGGCUUCAGGGUCCAGGUGAGCCCUGGUCCUCCUUGCUCUGACGUGUGACAGCACCACAGUGACCUGCAAGCCGUCAAAGUCCUCCACCCCCGUGGGUGCGACCAGCUUGGGAAGGAGCAAAGGCCUGGAGGUUCUGAGCCCCUACUUCCCUGGGGUCAGCAGAGGCCAUCAGAGUUCCGGGGCCCCUCGGACCCUUCUGGAAUUGCCGGACCCCUCGGCGGCGGGAAGACCGAGUUGGGUGCUUAUAAUUCAUCUGAGAACCUUGAUGAAAACCCAGCCCUGGGCUGUAGCACCAACAAGCCAGAAAAAUGUCCUCGUUUAUGGGAAGAAGACAGCCAGUAUUUUACGCUGUUGGACCACGUGGUUUUAAAUACACACAGCACUCAGUAAUCUACCGCCCUGAUCCCACUGCUAACUUCAAGAUUCCCUGACACUUAGAUGUCAAGGCCAGCUUUCAUCUAGCAGGAAUCUCUUUAACUGAAACUCCCCCCACCCCCCUUUUUUUUUAAUCACUCCCUUCUCCCUUCUCCAGGAGGAUUUAUGGAAUAGGGGAAGAGGGCAGGUUCAGGAAUCAGCCGGAUCUAGGUUCAAGUCCCCGCUGUGUCUCCAGAUAUAUCUGGAUGACUGGGCAAAUUACCUCUCUGAGCAUCUUCUGUGCAGAAUCGACACUCAGUACAUAUUUGCUGAGUGAAUAAUAGCUCCCUUGUGAGCUUGUUACAGUGUCGUAAAAUGCUCAGUAGCUCCCUGUCUGCAUGUCCCUCCUCGCCAAGCUUUGACUAGACCUCCUUUCAGUUCGUUCAGUUUACCAUGGCUUCUUCUAGCCUCUCUCCAAUCCACCUCCAUCUUGCCAGCUGCUCUCUCAAACCUAGCUCAUGCCUUUUACAAGAGGAAGCCGAAGCCAGCAUGUACCCACGGACUCACUGGACCCUUAACGACAAUCACGGGAGGUGGUUCUUUCAGAGAGGAAGCUAAAACAGAAGAAGGAAAGAUGACAAGGUCAUAGAGCUGGCAAGUGGCAGAACCAUGAUCAUAGGACUCUUCCUUCCAGACGUUGAUUUCCACCCUAGACUUUGCUGCUUAGAAAAUAAGUCAUGCCUUAAUGUGAUUCUGAUUGUUGGUGAAUUUGGCCUAGUUGGCAAGCGUGGGUGGAAAUCUCAGAGUUGGGCGGGUUUAGCAGUUGCGUUGCAACCCUCACCUGGCGUUCUUCCCCUUCCCAAGUUUCUGCGUACUUUGACCCCCGCCCCGUAUCAACACUGCUUAAAUAUCUCCUUCAUCCUCAUUUGGUAAAAAUGACUAAUAUUGUACAUCAACUAUACUUCAAUUAAAAAAUAAAUUAAAAAUUUUUUAAAUAACUGAGGACACCCAAGUUCAGGUUUUAACCUAAGGUUGCAAAUUGACAACCAAAAUGACUGCGUCUAAAGGCCCAUUAGCAGCAUAACCUCAGUGUCUAACAUCCAAGAUUGAAUGACUUUAAUUAAUGCCCCCAGGUAGUCACUCUUCACUUCUCACACAUGCUUUUCAGAGUAGAAGUGAGGCUUCCUCCUUCAAAAAGCAAAUCUCACUGUGCUGGGCAGAGCACAAGUUAAAUAGGGAUGAGACCAUGGAUUACUUGGAGGAAGUUAGAACUGGUUGGCCUGUGAGAUAGGAAUCAUUAUUUUUCCUUUGUUUUGAAUUGAAAAGUUGUGAUUUUUGCAUUGUUGCAGAAAGGAAUAGAAAAAUGUCUCCUAAUAGGUCUCUUUUCCAUUUGCAAAAGUUCAGACUUUUAGACCCACCAGAAGUCAGUAAUAGCCUAUUCUCUGUAAGACUUUCCUAUGAGGACAGACACAACAUGCCUGUAUUCCUAAAUGUCAUGCAAGGAUUGAGACACUUUUUAAAAGGAAACUCUGGGGACUUCCCUGACUGUCCAGUGGUUAAGACUCCGCCUUCCAAUGCAGGUGGUGCGGGUUCGAUCCCUGGUCGGGGAACUAAGAUCCCACAUGCUGCACAGUAUGGCCAAAAAUUUUUUUUUAAAAAAAAAAGAAACUGAAAGUGUCUGUAACCUAGAGAGUUGACAUUAUUCCAAAGUAGGAUAGCACUGGCCUGGUCAUCAGGACCCUAGGUCCUAGCUCCGGCCCACCUGCUGUGACACCUUGAAUAAUUCUUUUACCUCUCUGGGUGGAAAGGUGGGAGACCUCUUUUUAAAAGUCUUUCCUAGGUUUAAAAAUCCAAAGGUUAGGGCUUCCCUGAUGGCACAGUGGUUGAGAGUCCGCCUGCCGAUGCAGAGGACACGGGUUCGUGCCCCAGUCCGGGAAGAUCCCACAUGCCGCGGAGCAGCUGGGCCCGUGAGCCAUGGCCGCUGAGCCUGCGCGUCCGCAACGGGAGAGGCCACAACAGUGAGAGGCCUGCGUACCGCAAAACAAACAAAAAUCCAAAGGUUAGCAAAUUAGGUUUGUUUUUAUUUUAAUCUCAGUAAGUGGCCUGUUUGCUUAGAAUAAAUGCACCUCUGCAUUUGUAAGUGAAUUCCAAAGCGUAGAGCAUGGCUUCUGGCUUUAGUAUCUGAGAAAGGUGCCUUUGGAAAGUGUUUGGUAAAAUAAAAGGUGGUCUGUUGAAAGUGUGGGGUGAAAGUUUGGAGUAGAACGUGGGAGAGCUGCUUCCUAGGACUCCCAGAACCAAACUGGUCUCCUUAAAUUAAGUCAGCAUCCGAGGCAAUUUUCUUGCAUACUUUGAAGUUCACAAGUUCAGCUGCAGGCAUAUAUAGAUGUAAACGACUGGACCUUUCUAUCCUUCCCAUCUUUUUCCCCGUCCCCUGGUAGACUCGAAAUAGAUAGGCACAGAAAUUCCACUCGAAUCAGAGGCUGCUUGCAUUCUAGCACUGGACCCCUGAAGCCAAAGACGGGCAUGUUUGUACAGAAUGUCCCUGGGGUGGGAGUGGAACUGGGGGAAGGGGUGCCAUGAAGCAGAGACCCUGUCUCCUUGAAAUUGCACCCUGAGUUAGCUACCUGCAUCACUUGCGUUGGUGUUGGUAACAUCAGCCAAAGACAAAGAGUGAAAGAGGAAGGAUGGUUGUUCCCUACCAUUCAUGGUCAGGACCAAUUGUUAAACCUGGAAGCAGGAGUUUGUUCAAAGUGUAUUGUAUUGGAUGAUGAUAGCUAUUUAUUUUUUCAAGGUCUGUAAUACGUUUAACAGAUUUAAUGCUACGGUUUCUUGUAAUGUCAUGGCAGGACUUAAUUGAUAAUGUCUGAAUAUUUUUACUGAGAGCUCUAAGAGAACUAUUGGAAAAAAAAAGCAAAAUGUUAUUUUGUAGUACAAGAAUUAUUUUGUCUAUUUAGCACAUACAUAGCUGUAGCUUUGUAAAAAAAAAAGGUAUCUUUGUAAAAAAAAUUGUAUGAACAUGCACUCUUAUUUAUUGACUAUUGUAAAUGAAGAUAUAAAUGACUAUUUGCAUAAUUUAUACCUGUGGGAAAUUAACUGGAGUAUUUGUUAUUUGACUGUUUUCUAUUAAGGACUAUUAGGCUUGGUGCUAUGAUGAAUGGUCUUGUAAAAUUACAUGUAACCUUAAGAAAAAUUUUGAGUAUAAAUUUCAUGAAUUGA